UGCAAACUUUUGAUCAAAAAUAGAGCAAACAAAAACAAACAAACAAAAUCGAAAUUCUAAUAUUCUGGAUUGAUUAGCUGAAUGGAAAUUGAUUUGAUUUAAAUAAAAAAAUGUUUCAAACAAAUGCUUUUUUUCGUUACUAUCAAUGUCCGGAAAAAAAAUUAACAAAAAAAUGUACAAGAACAUUUUGUCAAUAUAAUCAUGGUGAUAAUAAUAAUAAUAAUAAUAAUAUUGGAGAAUCAAUUGUUGUUAAUUAUAGUCAAACAAAUUUUGGUGUUGAUGAUUUUUUUACAAAUCUUCGUCCAGAAGAUUUGGAAGGUUAUCUACCACCAGCAACAACAACAACAACAACAUCGACAACAACAACGACAUUAUCAACAACAACAAAUUCUACAAAUGAAUCAAUCAUUUCACCAAACAGUAUUAAUUUCGAUGAAGCUGGUGAUGAUGAUAAUAAAAUUGUUAAUAGUAAAAAAUCGAAUAUUAAAUGUUCUACGAUGAAACGAACAUUAUCGUUUGAAGAAACUUCUAAUUCAAAACAUAAUUCUCAGCUGAUAAAUUCGAAAAAUAAUAAUAAAACUGAUGAUAAUCGGUGUUCAACAGUUGAAAAAAAUCAAAAAUUACCUGAACAAGUUACUAAUAAUUUGAAAAAAAUACGAACAUUACCAGUGAAGAAAAAACAUUAUCGUGAAGUUAUGUUGGAACGUUAUGCUAAAAUAGCAGCUUUAUCGAAAACCGAUUCAAAUGAUUCGUUGAAGAUUGAUGAUACGAAUACUGCUGCUGCUGCAAACUCGAACAAAUCUUUGAUACACAAAACAAAUGAAUAUGAUAAUAAAAAAGGCCAAAAUUCAAAAAUCACAACUAAUACUAAUACUAAUCAAAAACCUGAAGAUAUAGUAAAAAAAUUUGCCAUAAAUUGGAUGCCAAUCAUAUUACCAUCAGUGAAAAUUCCAUUCAAUAUACGUGUUAGAAAUAUAAGAAGAAUUUAUCAAGAAUUAUAUACAAAUAAAUCGAAUAAUAAAAAUGAAAAUGACCUAUGUAAUGAAGCAAAAGAAAUUGAAAAAGAAAUCUGUUUACGAAGUAAAAGUUGGUCAAGUUUAUAUUCAUCAUUGCUUGCAUCAAAAAUUCGUUCCAUUCGUAAUGGUGAUGAUAAUGAUAAAAUAUCUGAUUCGAAAAAACCAAGAAUAAAAAUUGAAACUUCUGUUGUAAAUAAUAUGAGUAUUGUACGAAAAUCUAAAAUCACUUAUAAUGAUUUGAAUCCAGUACAAUUAGUAAAAUUUCUUGAACAAUUAAUUUUACCUGAAAAUAAUCAAUUAGAAUAUGGAUUUCCAAUAAUGGAUAAUGAAAAUAAUAUAGCAUUAUUUUCAAAAAAUGAAUGGAAUAAUCGUAAACAAUUUAUAAAUACAUUAAUUAAUUAUAAUGAAAAUAUUUUUAUUAAUUGUGAUCGUUGUACAAAAACAUAUAAAAAUCCACAAAAUCCUAUGGAAAGUACAUGUGUAUUUCAUCCAAAACAUGCUUAUAAUAUAAGAACAAAUGGUAGAAUUGAACGUUUUUAUGUUUGUUGUAAUAAUGAAGCCGGUUCGAUUGGUUGUCAAUCAAUGAAUGUUCAUAUAACAAAAGGUUAUCAAUUUAUUGAAACACGUAAUGGUUUUUGUCAUACAAUAUCACGACCAACAGAAAUACCUAAAGCAUAUGCUUUAGAUUGUGAAAUGUGUUAUACCGAAUCUGCAUGCGAAAUAUGUCGUAUAACAAUCAUCAAUUUUAAUGGUGAAGUCAUUUAUGAUAAACUAGUAAAACCUAAAACAAAAAUUAUUGAUUAUGCAACAAAAUAUUCUGGUAUUAAUGAAACAGAUCUUUUAAAUGUAACAAAUACAUUAAUGGAUAUACAAAAUGAUUUAAAAGAAUUAAUAUCAUCUGAAACAAUUAUUAUUGGUCAUGGUUUAGAUUCAGAUUUUCGUGCUUUAAAAUUAAUACAUAAACGUAUUAUUGAUACAACCUAUCUAUUUCCACAUAAACGUGGUUUACCAUUUAAAAAAUCAUUAAAAACAUUGGCUGUUGAUCAUUUGAAUCGAAUUAUUCAAGAAGAUGAUCUUGGACAUGAUAGUGCUGAAGAUGCAAAAGCUGCUUUGGAUCUUGUUAAAAUUCGUUUACAAGAUAUAAUUAAUAAACAUAAUGUUUAAAUAAUGGUUGUAUGAAAUAAGAUGAUGAUGAGUUUUAGACUUUUUUGCAGAUUUCAAACGUCUAUAAAAAUCAAUAACAGAUCUGAGAUCGAUAUGUCAUUUUGAUUUUUUGUUUUUGAUUAACAACACACAUUGUUUUAAUCCA